UCUUUGCAGUAAAAACUGUUGUUACAGUUUCCAAAUAAACAAAGAUAAGUUUUCCACAAUAUUUUGCAUUUUUGUGCGUAAGAUGAGCGAAACGGUGGACGCCAAGCUUCUCAUCGAGCAAGGAGAUGUUGUGGGUAUAUUGAAAGCGAAAUACUUCGCCGUGAAAGAGGCGAUUUCUGAUGCCGAAGAGCGGCACACGAAGGCUGUUGAUGGUCUGAACGAGCCUAAAGCCAAGACUGUCAUAGCAAUGCACGAGGCCGAACUGUUGAAAGCGAGAAUCGCGAAGACAAAGGAGAGCAUUAGAGUAAAAAAGGAAGCGUUGAGCGAGGUUAAGGAAGAUUUAGGCGAAGCGAACGAGGAGAUACAAGAAAAUAAGGGUUGGAGAGCAGAAUUCAAAGAACGCGAGUCGGCCAGAGUCCAAGAGCUUGAAGAGCUUGAAGACAAAUGCAAAGAUGCCAAAGAAUUACUUUUCGAGACCAACCGAAAAUUUAGCGAAGCCACUCGAUCGUUGGCGAUGAGAGAGUUCGAUCUGGAGGCGGUAACUAAGCGCAUACACGUGGCACUCGAGGACAUUCAGGAGCACGAGGAGAUUCACAAAGAAAGCGCGCAACAGAUGGCGCAUGCGGAGAAACGAGGCGGGAAGACCGCUGAAAGAAAGUUGGAAAAAGAGCAGCAAAUCGAGGCGAUGGUGAAUCAGAUCGAGGCCAUUGAUGACCGCACGGAGGAUGCGUUAAGAAGCAUCUCGAAACUGGAGUUAAAACGGGAGUUUAUCUUGGAUCAAGUCAACUAUUGGCGCGAAAAGACCAAGAUGCUUCACGAUGAGGUCAACCGGAUGAAUCAGGAAGACUGGGGCUCGUAAUGAAAUCGAGGCUUGAAUGAAUGCAUAUUGCAUGAUAUAUUUGUUUUGACGUAUAUGUAAAUAACUAUGGACAAGGACAUGAGUAAUAAAGAUUUUUUCUCUUGAAAAGAA